AUGCUCGGGGCUGGAUUUGGAAGCAGGAGUGUUGCCUCUCACGUUCCAUCAGAGGCAGAGGUCCAGAGGAGUGAUGCGAGGAUCUCUCUCCCAGCGGACGCAGCUCUCCGGUGGAUUCAGCCGGCAUCGAGUGCGAGGUCACGGAAAAACACAGGUGAUACCGGUGUAAAAGCUCCAAACUUGAGGGGCCAACCGCUGCUCACGGCCCCUGACUGGGAGAUGGAUGGAGCCUGUCUGCCUAAAGCUCCUGAGAGCCGCAGCCUUCUGACUGAUGCUCCGCAGGGACAUCUCACUCCCAACUCUUUCCUUAUAUCAUUUAACGCUGUAUGUUCAAACGGAAACACCUUCUUCAUCCUGCGAUUGGUGACGAGAAAACUCACAUCGCUCCUGGGUUGA